CCCGUUUCGUUCCGACUCUUUCCAUCUUGCUUUGCCCGCGGACUGAACGGAAUACGAUCAUCGGCGGUGCCAACAGCUCCAAACGAAUACCACAUCCCGAACGUGCUCGGUUCGAGCAAGGAAGGGCCGAUCCGUUCGGCGCCAGCCUACACAAUCACCGGGCGACAGAAGCAGACCCUUCCUGAGUGCAUUGGGUUCCCCGGUCCCGGUCACUAUGAUGCGAAGAUCGAUCCGCUGGUAAGACGGGCGCCCAUGUUCUCGAUGGCCACCCGGUUCCGGCGGCCGACGGACGAAGCGCUCAAGCCGGGCCCGGCGGCACACUAUCCGGAAAAGAUUAACCUUGGCCACGUGCCGGCCUACAGCUUUGGCAUCAAGCACUCGGAAUACUUGGGCGAUUUUCCGGAACCACCCCGAUACCGCAACCAGCUGGUGAUUUAAGCGUGCACACAAACUCCUCCCCCAUUCUCCAAGCUUCUGUAACGCCAAUGUGUAACGUCCGUCCACUGGGAAAUGCACAAAGAAUGCAACCUUGCCGUAACACUAAUCGCUCUGUGACACCGCGUUUGGUGCUCUUGCUCCAGCGGGCGAGAAGCCAACAACAGUUGCAAAAUGCCUUUCCGCGACAGAAAACAACAAACAGCAACAACAACAACAACACACUAACGAAACCGCUGCCAGGCCGAACCAGUAGCGAUAGCAUUAUUAUUAAAAAAGAGCAAGCAUUAAAAUCGUUCGAUGUACUAUGACUAAUUUUCCAAGAAAGAAUGAAGAAAACGAGCAACACAAAAUGCAGCAAAUGUA